AUGUAUGACCUUCCGGACACUGCUCUUCACCAUGCCAUCGACCGGCGUAUCAUGGACGCAUCCAAUGAAGUGAUUAAGACUAUCAGCAUCUGUCCUCCGGACAUCUACGGGCGAGGUACUGGUGUUGGGGGCAGGGCGGAUGUCUGGAGGACUUUAUGGCGGACCAAGGAGUCUUUCUAUGUUGGGGCGGGCGAGAAUCCCCGCGCUGUCACGCACCCGAAUGAUGUAGUUGAUUUGUUUCUGCUUGUGCUUGAAAAUAUUAUUUUGAAGCGUGGCGAGGAUCUUAAGUUUGGGAAGGAGCUGAAGAUAAAACACUCCCUUACUCGUUUCUAUUUCGCCGUUGCAGACGAAAUCAGAUGGAAAGAUGCUGCUGAAGCCAUUUGUCGGAUGGGCAUCGAGCAGGGCUGGCUACAGGUCGAUGCCAUAACUGCAUUCUACGAUGAAAAAUGCUUCCGGGAAAUUUUUGAACCCGGAUGGCUAGGUUUUGUAUCUCUGGGCGUCAGACAGCUAGGCUGGAAACCGCGUGCGCCUGACUUUUGGACUGUGCUUCCGGCCGAUGUUGAAAGAGCUGUGGCCCAAAUGAAACGGUAA